UUAAGGGGGCGGAUAACUUGAUUGUUCUUUGGAUCGUGUCUAGCCAAUAAUGUUAAAGUUGCUGUGGCGCAUAUCUCAGCUGGCUGAUAUUUAAAAAGGAGACAGUCCGGCGCUGCUGCAAUUUGUACCCUGAACCAGACUCCCCUUCUAUGGAAUCAUUGGUAACUUCAGACUUGUAGCACUGCGCCGUUUCAAUGCUGUGAAUGACCACAUCCAGCCAUCUCUCGACUUGAACAAGAGAACAACAACGCAGCGUUCGCUCACAAAUAACUUUCACCGCAGCCUCUGUAAGUCCUAAGAAGAGACAGGAUGAUCCGUGGUGUUCAUUUUGCCUGUGUCCUCAUCUUGGCGUUUGGGUUCCUGUUGGUCCAUGGUGAGGGAAAAAAGAAGAACAGAGGUUCUCAAGGAGCGAUACCCCCUCCGGAUAAAAGCAAACCCAAUGAGUCCGAACAGCACCGACCUCCGCCUCAGCCUCAACCGGACUCGAGGUCAGGGGGAACGGACUGGGGUACUGCCAUGCCUGUUGAGGAGGUGCUCGAGUCCAGCCAAGAAGCUCUGCACGUCACGGAGCGCAAAUACCUGAAACGGGACUGGUGCAAGACGCAGCCGCUGAAGCAAACUAUCCACGAGGAGGGAUGUACGAGCCGCACCAUUAUUAAUCGGUUCUGCUAUGGCCAGUGCAAUUCAUUCUAUAUUCCCAGGCACGUCCGCAGGGAAGAAGGCUCCUUCCAGUCUUGCUCCUUCUGUAAGCCCAAAAGAUUCACAACAAUGACUGUCACUCUCAACUGUCCAGAACUGCAGCCCCCUACUAAAAGAAAAAGGAUCCAGCGCGUCAAACAAUGUCGUUGUAUUUCCAUAGAGCUCGACUAGAUCAGCAGUUCUACUUUGUCAAAUUAUUUGAGGGCAUACAACUCUGUAUUGUGUAUAGGGGGUCCUUAAUCAACAGCAUUUAUAUACAUUGUAAAGGGACAAUACGGGGAUUGAAUUAACAUUAUCUAGUAAGAACUAUUCCAAACUAACCGACAGUUUCGAUUGAAGACAAAACUAGUCCCCGAGUAAUGAACAAACCAAGAUUCUUGUGCCACAGGACACUCAAUAUAUGAUCACAUUCACAAAGAGUACAACGUUUGUUCAUUGAGAAUCAAGCAUUAUAGGACCAUUCAUUUGUUAUUCAUUUGUUAGCCUGAAGUUGCAGGCUACACAGUUGCUUUUACAAAGUCCAUUCACACAAUGUAUAAUGUAAAGCGUGUCAUUAUCAGCUCAUUGACAAAUGUGUGGAAAAGGCUAAUCAUGCUUUACAGCAACCGCUCUGAAACACGCUGUGCCACUUUGUUUCGUAAACUAUAGUAUCCAGCAUCACACCAUUUUGUUUUAUUUUGUUGUAUUUUAUUUGGAUUUAAAUAUUUACUGGUGAAUUGGUAGUUUCCACUGUGUGGAAUGUGAAUAAUUAACAAAGUGAUAUGGAUAUUUAAUGUAAUUAUGUCUGAAUUGUAUAUCGUUAAUAUGAAUGUUAUAUGCUCUUAUUUCUGUUAAAUAUAUCUAUACAAUUCCGUAUCAGUGAAUUCAAAGGGGGGGGGAAUGGGGCUAAUCAUUAGUCGACAUUGCACCCAAACACAUGCGUGGAUUCGUCUAGUGCAGGUGGUAGCACUAGCCACAGAAUUCAAAGCAAGACAUUGUACGGAUGGUACAUUAAUACUUUUUGGCUUGUAUGUUUUGUCAAAUAUCAAUAGGGGGAUGAUUAUUUUAAGAUUAAAAACUGUAAAGGAGUAUACAAUGUAAAUAAACAGACUUCUCCUUCAUUCAAAAUAUGUAGAAGGGGGAUAUUGAUUUGUAUUAUGUGCUUCAUUAGAAAUGUGUUAUAUUUGGACCUGUAGCUUGUAGCAGGCACGAUUUGUAUCAAUGCAGAUAUAACUACUGCUACCGCUAAUGUGAGAUGGGUCUUGAAUGGCUUUUAGUGGGUUUCGUGUUAACACAAAGCACACAAAUAAUAAUAAU